GGUCACGCGUAUGACUUUCGCUACCCGGGCCUUCGGUCGGUUCUAUCGGUCAGUGGGUGUUUUGUAGCCGAUUUCUUGGGUUUAGCCUCGGUGGUUCAAGCUACUGCUGUGCAGGCUCCUCCGUCCAGUUAUUUCACAAGCACAUACGUACGCAAACGAUACUUCCCCCAGUUCCGUUCUGAGGGAUGGCAGCCCAGAGGAUGCCCGGGGCCGUGUGGUCAGUGGUGCUGGUCGCCCACGGGGUACCCACCGCGAUUGCUAUGAAUGUGCAGACGACGGCGUCAGGGCGCGCGUUACGAACGAACGGCAACCCCGACAAUUUCAACAAUACGAACACGACAAAACAGGAAAGGGUCUCAUGUGGUAGCGGGUGGUGGGAUUCUUGUGGCGGUAGCUCAUAUUAUUGGGCUUGCGGCAGCGGUUGUGCGCGAGGUACAUACUACACAAAUAUAUGGUGCGGCUGCUGCUGCGUGCAAAACGUCCCCGCGACGCCGAACCCGACGCCGUACCCGACGCCGUACCCGACGCCGUACCCGACGCCGAAGCCGACUCCGAAGCCGACGCCGCGCCCGACGCCGUACCCGACGCCGUACCCGACGCCGUACCCGACGCCGUAUCCGACGCAGUACCCGACGCCGAACCCGACGCCGCACCCGACGCCGAACCCGACGCCCUACCCGACGCCGUUUCCGACGCCGUACCCGACUCCGAACCCGACGCCGAACCCAACGCCCUACCCGACGUCUUACCCAACGCCCUACCCGACGCCUUACCCGACGUCGUUUCCGACGGCGUUCCCGACGCCGUUUCCGACGGCGUUCCCGACGCCGUUUCCGACGCCAUUCCCGACGUCGUUCCCGACGCCGUUUCCGACGCCCUUCCCGACGCCCUUCCCGACGCCGUUUCCGACAGCUUUCCCGACGCCCUUCCCAACGGGCUUCCCGACGCCGUUCCCGACGCCCAGCCCGACCCCCAGCCCGACGUAUCCUCCGGGCUGGCCGACGCCACAUCCGACGUUUCUUCCUGGAGCUCCCAUGGCGGGUGGAGCCAGCGCAGGCGUGGCUGCCACUGGCGACCCCCACCUUCAGAACGUUCUUGGCCAGCGGUUCGACUUGAUGCAACCAGGAAAGCAUGUUCUGAUUAACAUCCCCCGUGGAAGGCGUUCCAAUCCAAUGCUUCGCGUGGAGGCUGAGGCGCGUCAAUUUGGAGGGCAGUGCGCAGACAUGUAUUUCCACGAGCUGAAUAUCACAGGUGCGUGGGUGGAGGCGAAAGGAACCGACGGUCUCCGUUUCCAAGCUGAGGGUGCGCACGACGAGCAUCCGCAGUGGUUAAAAUUUGGGGGCGUAGAGCUCAAAGUCGCCCAUGGGCGCACUGAGCAGGGCGCAUUGUACUUGAACUUCUACGUCAAGCACCUUGGGCGCGGUGGGUUUGCCGUCGGAGGGUUACUAGGAGAGGAUGACCACACCGAGGCAUCGAUGCCUUCGAAGGCAUGUGUUCACCGCGCUGCCCUUUGGAAGACUGCGGCUCCGAGUCAGAAAGGUGCAGGCGCCCUCUCGAUUGCAGAGGCAACCUUCUAAUGAUGACAGGGGUGCGGGGUGAGGGCAACAUGCGGCCCGCUUGCGCAAACCAGGUUUUUGUGUGUACCAUGAGGAAAAAAUGAAGGACAUCACGAUUGCUCAUCCAUGCCGCUACGUUUCCAUGUGUCUCGAGGCCCCAGGGGCCUCCGCUCCAGACGCGGUCCUCACGUGGA